CUUCUGUUUGUCCCACUCUUAUCUCUUGUUUGACAUACUGUCACCAUUCCCAAUCCCCAUCUUUACUGUGUACUCUGAUUCUGGACAUUUAUUAUGUCUUUGCUCUGGAAUCUUGGGGUAGCUGUCUUGCUGUCGGUACUUUGGACGGCAAGUGAAGCUAUCCGUCGCCUUUACUUCCACCCCUUAGCCCAUAUUCCCGGCCCCCGCCUUGCAGCCCUGACAUGGUGGUAUGAGUUCUAUUUCGACGUUAUUCAGCCCGGUCAAUACGUCUUCAAGAUACAGGAGCUUCACACAAGAUAUGGCCCAAUCAUCCGUAUUACCCCAGAUGAGGUUCACAUCAAUGACGUCGGCUUUUUGGACACUAUCUACGCCCCUUCAAUGAACAGAAGGGACAAGUAUGGCUAUCAGCUGAGGAGCCUUCGCGUCCCGGGUGGACUGGGCACAACCACCGACCAUGACCUGCAUAAAGUCCGGCGAGAGUCUCUUGCGCCCUUCUUCAGUGAAAAGAACAUCUUGCACAUGGAGGGGUUGAUCUCAGACAAGGUAGCCCAGCUAAAGCAAUUAAUAUCUACCCAUGUUGCUGAAGACACCCCGAUCAACUUGUCAGAUGCGUUCUUUGCAUUCUCGAAUGAUGUUGUCAACAACUUCCUUUUCGCGCACCGCACAGAUGUACUUGCAAGCGAACCGAAAGCCGCCAUCCUCCGCCAAAACAGCAAAGAGCUCUUGAUGGGGAUCAAUAUCAACAAGCACUUUCCGCAAAUCCCCGAUUUCCUGGAGUCGCUCCCUAUGUCUAUAAGCCGCCCAAUGAUGCCUGCAGGCCUUGUUGAUCUGCUUGCCCUAUUUGACCGCGUUCGUGAGGAGAUUUUCAUGAUCACAAAGGGUAAAGAAUUAGGGGUAGCUGUCAAGAACAAAAUUGGACCAACCGGCAAAGAGUCAGUGUUUGAUUCAUUACUGGAUAGCCCAAACCUGCCAGCCUCGGAGAAAAUGCCCCUGCGGUUGCAGCAAGAAGGAGCCCUGCUAGUUCUAGCUGGAACUGAAUCGCCAGCUCAGACACUUAACAUCAUCUUCUAUCAUCUCCUUGCCAACCCCACACUUCUAGAGAAGCUUCGCAGGGAGCUCCGUGCCCAACUUCCGUAUUUAUCUGCGGUAAUCGAGGAAGGCAACCGGCUUUCUUUCGGCGUCACGGCUCGGUCUGCACGUAUCGCUUAUGAGCCGCUGACCUAUACACCUUCCUCGUACGUCUCCUCGACCUGUCCGCCCAGCACCAGAACCAAGUCGUACACAAUCCCACCGGGCACUCCGGUAUGCACCACAACUUUGAGUGCACACACCGCGGACGCCGUCUUUCCGGAUCCUUUUGUUUUUGACCCGGAACGUUGGCUCGGCGAUGCUGGGAAGGAGCGACGAAGGUUUCAAAUGGCGUUUAAUAAGGGAGGGCGAAAGUGCCUUGGGAUCGAACUCGCGCGUGCAGAGCUAUAUCUUGUGGUCGCAGCCCUGGUUCGUGAAUUUGACAUGACACUUUUCGAAACCGAUGCCGAUGAUGUGGCGUUUCUGUAUGAUUAUCAAGUCGCCAUGCCGAAGAUGGGGUCUAAAGGAGUGAGGGUGAUGGCGAAGUUGGUUCAUUGA